CAGUACCCUGCAGCCAUGGACUCGUUCCCUCUUCAAUACACAGCACCCACAGUGAUUCCAGCCACAGAUACUACCCGUAUGGUGAAAUCCAUUACGCUGCAUGGACACGGUCAGUUUAGGAGAAUCAAGGUCGAAGAGACGCCACUCGAGGUAAAUCUCGCAAGCAACCACGUUGAAAUAGAGGUUCGUUACUGCGGUUUGAACUUCACCGACAAUUACUUACGCUUGGGUAUCAUAAGAAAUAGUAACUUCCCAGUAAUCAUGGGCAGUGAAUGUUCCGGAGUCAUCACGCGCUUGGGAGAAGACAUAAUAGAUUUUGAGGUGGGACAGAAAGUGCUUUGUCUGAAAAUGCAGGGCGGCCUGUUUCGUCAUGUUGUUCAGGUGCCACGGAAGCACUGUUUCGAGGUGCCCAGAGACACAGAUCUCAAAGAUGCCGUCGCCAUUGGUCUAAACUUCUUAGUCGCGCACGUCUGCUUGUUCGAAUUCGGCGAUUUAAAACCAAGACAUAAAAUUUUUAUGCAGUCGAUUGCAGGUGGCGUUGGUACGGCAGUUAUCGAACUCGCGAAAACAAUACCUCUCGUCAAAAUUUACGGAAGUGCCUCUGAGUCAAAGCACAGAAAACUCAAUGCUCUUAGAAUAGAUCGCGCGUUCGAGCAUGAAGAAGAUUACGUUGAAGAAAUUCUGGAAGGCCACCCUGAAGGCUUGGAUGUGGUCAUAAACAGCAAUGGUGGAACUGAUGUUGAAAAGUGCUUCAAGAUGUUGAACCAGCGUGGGAUGCUGAUAAAUAUUGGUUCCAACAGCACAGCUAUAUAUCCUAGAACAACCAUUUGGGGAAUGAGACCAACGUGGGAUACAAAGUACGUAUCUUCGGCGGAGUUAGUCAGCAAGAACUUAAGUGUAGCUGGCCUCAACAUCGGCCGCUUCAUGGAAAAUUAUCCCAGACUGACGCAAGAUAUACUGAAUGAACUGUUCGAUCUACACUCGAUUGGAGAAAUAGAACCACACGUUCAUUCAGUAUUGCCUUUCGAAAAAGUGGCAGUCGGUAUCACACAACUCUGUAAGAGAGAGAACUACGGGAAAGUCAUCCUAGACCUCAAAAAGAGGGACGAAGAUUCAGACGAACCACUGCAGCAGGUUCCAGAACCUGAAGAGGCCCAACUGGGAAACUCUUGCCAUGAACAACCCAGACGGUUGUCCGUUGCACUAGAAGAAAUGACUACGGUUGCAAGUGUACCUGAAAAGAAGGAACUGAAAUAGCCGGUCAUAGUGGCAACGCUGGAACAACUAAUGCACGUGAAUGGAAUUGGACGUAACUGUCUACGGGGACGGAUAUGCAGCAGUUAUGGUGCUACUUGAAUUUUAAUACUGUCCUAAACAUUUGCAAGUUUUUACUGUUGUAGUAUCAGCAUGCUGUUCAUAUACAUUUAAGAACCGAUUUUAUAAGAUGUUGUUCCAGUUGUAAAUUUUAUGGAAGUUGCCAAUUUUAUGCAUUAUUCGUGAAUAAAGC